AUGGAAGACGAGAAGGAAUUGGAUUCAACUGAUAAUGAAGUAGGCCAAAAGAAGCAUCCAAACGUCUUGGAGAAAGUAAAAGAAUGCCGGAAGAGGAAGGCUGCAAAGAAAGCCUGCAUACAAGCAACUGUGACAACAUGCACCCCACUUGGUAGUUCUGUAAUUUCGCAGGCGAAGGUCGAUCAGCUGGUGACAAACUUCAUUGUCGAGUAUAUGGAGCCAAUGAGCAUCGUCGAAUCUCAACCCUUCAUCGAGCUUGUUCAAGGUCUCCAGCCAACAAAGAAAGUUUUGUCGAGAAAAACUCUUAAUGGUUAG